AUGAGAAGCCAGAGCAGGAAGGAGAGCGGUCCUUCAGAAGUCGACAUUGACAAUCGCGGCUGCGUCGAUGACCUCCUAUCGUCUCUGCAGAAUGGGACAUCGCGGCUAUCACACGUGCUCCAGCGACAGGAGGAAGCCACUGGUGUCUCCAUGUCCACCGCCAAGGGGUUAAGCAUGGAAGUAGAUCUAAGCACCGGCGCAACCUUUACAUCGACAGCGCCCGGAGCGACUAUUGCAAUUCUUCGACCGGGGCAUUUGGACAGUGGACACGAACAGGAAGAUGAGGACUCAUGUGGAGAUGACCUCACCGACCGUCAGACCGAGGAGCGUACUACCAAGUCACUGUCACCCACCUCGACCGGGUUGGAGUCGAGUGCAUCUCAAGCUAGACCACACGCUGCGGUGGAGAAGCGAUACCGACGCACGGUCAACACGAAGCUCCAACAGCUCUAUGCUUCGAUUCCCGCUUCUGGCAAGUUUGAGCUGAAAGACGAGCAUCAGCAAAAUGAGAUGCGAAAUGUGAAUGCAGGCGAACAAGCGGCCAAGCCCGCGGUUCUAGACAAAGCCAUUCAAUACGUUACGCACCUCAUCGACACUUAUCACAAGUAUGACCAGGAUAUCCAAGAGCUCCGAAAACAAGUUCGGGAACUGAUAGAUGAGGAUGGUGAUGGCCAACAGGCCAACCCAAAUCAUUACGAAAGGCCUGUCGACAUGCGCUAG